CAAGGCAGCAGCAACCACUCUCCUGAUCAAGUCAGGAAACCUUCAUCCCACUGCAACGUACACCUUUUUUUCUUAAUUUGCCUACGCCAUACAAGAAAGCUGUCCUUUGAACUUCACGUUUAACCGGGAGCUAUCGAGUCCCCCCUGUCGCCCUAUACCAAACAUUCUAAAGUCUGCUUUCGAGAUUCUCUAUUUCACGGACAUGGCGGCGCUGAAUUUGUCAGUCAAUGGGCCUUCAAUAUCGAAGAGCUACCAGGCCGUCAUCAACUCAACUCUUCCGAUUUCUGGUACAGGUUCUCCUACGCAUGGCCAAUGGGCAAUCUUCUCUGUUUCUACACCUCUCACGAAUGCCUUCCAGCAAGAUUCCGGCAGCAAGGAGAGUGUCAUGAAGGUCCAAGAUACGGGAGCGGGUGAAUUGGUGGAUCUCAUAGAUGAAUUUUCCGAAGGGAAGAUACAAUUUGCCUAUGUCAAAGUCACUGACCCGAAUACCGGGCUUCCGAAAAAUGUCUUGAUUGCUUGGUGUGGGGAGGGAGUGCCUGAGCGGACGAAAGGAUAUUUCACCAGUCAUUUGUCCGCUGUGUCAAAGUUCUUACAUGGCUAUCAUGUGCAAAUUACAGCACGCUCCGAGGGAGAUCUAACCGCCGAUGGAAUCAUACAUAAAGUUGGCGAUGCAUCUGGUGCAAAGUAUACUCCGAGUGCGGCCCAGCAGCGCUCGUUAACACCCGUGUCACCAGUGUCAACUAAACCAGCGUUCACUCCUAGCCGGACCACUGGCAUUGCGCUGGAUGCAGCAGCAGCAGGCCCAUUGCGGCCGGUUCAAAAGAGAGAUGGCGAUGACGAUGGAUGGGGCCCAAAUGCACCUCCGGUUACGAGGACCGAGCUUGAAAAAGUCCAGCCAGCCUACAAACCCACCAAAGUCAACAUGGAGGACCUCAAAUCAGAUAAUAAAUUUGCGGCAAAGGCCAUGGUUCAACAUACCCCCGAUGAUCGGGGUGAUAUUGUGAAAGGCGGCUACCAGCCUAUUGGAAAGGUGGACAUUGCUGCGAUAAGAAGGCAGGCGCGUGAAGCAAGUGGUAUCGAUGACGAUCGGCCAGAGCCUGUCAAAGGUGCAUACCAACCUGUCGGGAAAGUUGAUAUUGCCGCAAUUCGUUCAAAGGCAAAACUCCCAGGUUCCCCUCCAUCGAACAAUGAACCCCGGCAUACUGCACCAGUCCAGGCUCCAGGCCCCGCUGAAAAUGAAAAUUUCCCUGGCGGGUCUUCAUCUUCAGGUGAUUCUGAGCGCCUGCAAAGCCUCCCGAAGCCGAAAGUUUCAAACAAGUUUGGUGCUGCUUCGUCAUUCGCAGGAACAAAGCCACCCCUUCCAAGCAGUCCGGCAUUGAAUUCGAACCCAACUACCGUACAAAUUGGUGGCGCAAGCCGGACCUUUGCUGAUGAGGGUGGUAAGACACCUGCCCAACUUUGGGCAGAGAGGAAAGCCAGGGCACGUGAGCAAGACAUGGCUCCGCCCUCUUCACAUCAGUCCAAUGCCGAGUCCGCCGUUCAAAGCCAUCACAGUGAUAAGGGGGAAUGGAAGAGCUCAUAUAGCGGCAAAUCCUGGGCUCCUGUUCAGACCACACACACUGGCAAAUCAUUUGGCAGUGAAGUUUCCUCCGCUCACCAGACCUCUGAUUAUGUGACAAGUGAGGAGCCUCAAGCAGACACCCGGACACACCUACCAAGUGUUAGCGUCAUUCGCGAACAAAUUGAUCACGGGCCUUCGUUUGAAAGGCCCUCCGAUCACCAAGCUGUUCCAAUUACUGAUCACAAUGCAACCCCAGAGGAAAGUCGGAAAAGCCCUGUCGAUCUGGAAAUUACACAUGAGCCCGUAGCUCAUCAAAUACUUCCUACCCGAACAAGACAAGACCGGUCUCCAGGCCCACUAACUCCGGUGCGUGAAAGCUCACCUAUACGUGUCGCUGUGCCCAUUGGGAAAGGAAUUGAAGAUACCAACGACGAAAAACGCUCACCAGCAAGUCCUACAACCACUCUGGGUUUGCAAGAGAAUAUCACAGGAUACAAGGAGCUUGAAGAGGAAAACCAGGACUCUCGACGUGCAACAGCUGAAGAGACUCCUGACAAUGAUAGCCGAACAAAGGGAAUUCAUGCUCUUGUUCAAUAUGACUACGAGAAGGCGGAAGACAACGAGAUUGAUCUCAAGGAAGGCGAGUAUGUAGCCGAUAUCGAAAUGGUCGACAAAGAUUGGUGGUUGGGAUCCAACUCUCACGGCGACAGGGGCCUUUUCCCAAGUAAUUAUGUCGAGGUGAUUGCCGACAGAGAAUCGGAGGUGCAGGGCAAUGAGCCUGAAACAGAUUCAGCCGCCAUUUCCACAGAAAUCGAAUCUCCUCCAGCACCAGUCACAGAACCCACUGCGACGGCGUUGUAUGACUACGAAGCCGCUGAAGAUAACGAGCUAAGCUUCCCGGAGGGUGCCGAGAUUACAAAAAUUGAGUUCCCUGAUGAUGACUGGUGGUUUGGUGUCUACCUUGACAGCUGCCCCUAG